AAAAAUAUACUAGUUGAAAAUGAUACAAAGAUGGAUAAAGAUUGUCUCACUGAUCUUUAUGUUCACCAUGCCAUUCCUCUGCCUCAGCGUGACUUGCCAAAAAGUAGAUGGGGGAAAAUGAUGGAAAAGAAGAGACAGCAAAAUGAGUCAAGAAGUGAGAAUAAAAGUGUUACGACAGUGGAAGGUUUAAGGAAACGACCAUUAAUUGUAUUUGAUGGCAAUUCAACAAGUACAAGCAUAAAGGUGAAGAAGACAGAGAACGGAGCUACUGAUCGACUAAAACCUCCUCCAGCUGGAAGCACCACCAACACUGUUAGAAGAUUAUCAGUUCCUUCAAACGCCUCAACAUACAUUUCAGCCUCCAGUUUAUCAGAGGACGCUAAGCUGGGAAUGAGGAAUAAUGAGGCUAAGCAGAACAAUAUUUCAAAGACUAACAGCAGCGUGUUGGCUAGUCUGAAGGUGUACCCUUUGUCUCCAGUAGCAGGAACUACUGUUGUGAAGUUAAAGAGAGCUGGUCCGAAAGAAGAAUCUGAUUUGCCGAAUGACCUAAAGCCCACGGAAGCAAAGAAGAAAAUCCAGCAUGUUACAUGGCCAUGAAGUGGCUAACGGUGCUUGAAACAAAAAUGUUACUUCCAUAUUUUCAAACAGAUAAGUCAUAUUUAAACAGUUUAAAUGCAAUUCUUUUUAAACCUCGCAGAGAUCUAGAUUGCUGUGAAGUUUUAACAAGUUUAAAAGUUUCCUGUUGUAAAGCUGGAGUCAUUAUCACCAGUCACCUUAAGAAUGUCUACUCUUGUACACCAGAUAGUUCAUUACUUCUUUAAAAGGUGGGAAUAUUACAAUAUGCUAAAGCCCCUACUUUUAGUUUUCAAGUUGAUUAUAGUUCAUCUCCUGCAUGUCACUAUGAUUCACACAAAUAUAUAUAUUUCUUUUGUUUGUUUUGGUAAGAUUCAGUUUAGUUCCACUUAUGGUUAAAUAGUUAAAGUAGCUAUUGAGACUCAGAGUGAUCCCAGGA